CUCGUCGCCCUGCUGCUCUGCGCCCACUUGUGCAGCCGGCCGGGCCCCGCGGCAGGGCAGGGAGGCUCCAUCAAAGCCCUGCGCUCCUCCAACCUCCGGCGCGAUGAGAGCAAUCACCUCACAGACUUGUACCGGAAAGAAGAGACCAUCAGCGUCGCCAGAAACGGCUGCAUCCACAGUCCCCGCUUCCCGAGUAGCUACCCCAGGAACCUGCUACUGACAUGGAGACUCCACUCACCGGAGAACACAAGGAUACAUCUGGCCUUUGACAAUCAGUUUGGACUGGAGGAGCCUGAAAAUGAUAUCUGCAGGUAUGACUUUGUGGAAGUAGAAGAUCUAUCUGAAACCAGUACAGUUAUACGAGGACGAUGGUGUGGACACAAGGAAGUUCCUCCAAGAAUAACUUCAAAAACAAACCAAAUAAAGAUAACCUUCAAAUCUGAUGACUAUUUUGUGGCUAAACCGGGAUUCAAGAGUUGUUAUUCCCUUGUGGAUGAUUUCCAGCCUGCAGCCUCAGAAACCAACUGGGAAUCUGUCACAAGCUCUGUCUCAGGGGUAUCCUAUCCCUCUCCAUCAGUGACUGACCCUACCCUCACUGUGGAAGCUCUAGACCAGACCGUUGCUGCAUUUGACACUGUGGAAGAGCUACUCAAACACUUUAAUCCGGAUUCAUGGCAAGAAGAUCUUGAAAAUCUGUACACGGAUGCUGGACAUCACUCUCGAGGCAGGAGCUACCAUGACAGAAAGUCUAAAGUUGACCUGGACAGAUUGAAUGAUGAUGUGAAACGUUACAGCUGCACUCCGAGGAACUACUCUGUCAACUUAAGGGAGGAACUGAGACUGACAAAUGUGGUUUUCUUUCCCCGCUGCCUCCUGGUCCAGCGCUGCGGUGGGAACUGUGGAUGCGGCACUGCAAAUUGGAAAUCUUGCACAUGCACCUCUGGGAAAACAGUGAAAAAAUAUCAUGAGGUGCUGAAAUUCAUCCCUGAGUUAAGCCAUGUCAGGAGGAAGGGAAGAACCAGGAACAGCAUGGCCCUAGUGGAUAUUCAACUGAACCAUCAUGAGCGCUGUGAUUGCAUCUGCAGCUCAAGACCUCCACGAUAAAAACAGACCAAAGCACAUUACUUGCAGUUUAAAGGGUGUUUAAUUUUGAGCAGGGUUGGUCUCAAAUGACUUUCUCUAACUGAUAAUUUGAACUUUGCUACUAGCCUACAUUGCAAUUGGCAAAAAUUAUUCUGUGUUUCAGCAUAGCUAUGUUGAUUAGUGCCACGGCAGCUAAACAGGUAUAUCAUUGUUUCUGUGUCAUCAUCUGAUAAUACAGGAUUACAUUUAGCAGUAGAUUCUGAGGUUUGAAAGUUUCAAACCUGAAUAUGGGGAUAAGCAACACAAUUCCAAUUUAAAUUAAUUAAAGUUGUGCAGCUAAAUCCCAUAUCUGGAGAUAAAAAUCUUCACUGAGAUAAUCUUAUAUCUGUGUUUGCAUCUUCUAAACUUACACAUACAUGCAAGUACCUAAUUUCUGGCAUCAUGUAUACCUGGCCUACUGGGUGGCACAGGUAAAUGAGGGUAGUAUUUGAUCCAAUAUACCUAUAUAAUGGUUAAUUCACUUCAAUCCAUCCCCUAAGUAGAAUUUCCCUUUGUCCCUUUUCAGUACAUUUAUAGAUAACGAGGAAAAUAUAGAAUAAAAUAAAACUACAGUGAAGUCAUGUCUUGCAGUCUAUACUCCAGCAAAACAUUUAUCAUAAUCAUAUAACACUUUGCCUGAGGACCUGGUCCUGAGCGCUAUCAAGCCCACUGAAGUACUGCCACUUGGUUAAAGAUGUUUGGUUAAAGAUGCAGGGUCUCCAUGAAGAAAGCAAGAUAUGACUCUUGUAUAUGUUCUUCUUCACUGUGUUUCAAGGAUUGUGUUUUUUUCUAGGUAGACAGUCAAAAUGGACAUUAUUCUGUUGAAAAUGCUGAUGUUUCUUGCAUGUGUAUUCAAGCUGAAAACAAAACUGGGUUCUAGCUUUAGAGAACAGAUCAAAUAUCAAUAUUGGUUUGAUUUGGGUUUUUUUUAUAAGGAAUACUAUAACUUUGUCACCAUAUACAGUAACCUUAAUUGUCUGACUUCAGUAGCAUAUAUUGCCAUGAUUAAAAUAUUGGCACUGAUUUUCUUUUGGAUUGCAUUUUGUUCAGACAUAUUAGCUCAUUAAUUGACAUCUGUAUCUUGAAAAAUGUUCAGCAUUAAUUACUAUUCACAAAAAAUAUUCUACCACCUUUUAAUUAAAUAUGCACCUUAAAAGCUAUAGCAUAGCUCCUAUGCCUAUCAAAACAUUAUGAAAGUGCUCUAACUAAAAUAAAGGAUUUUUUUUUCCAAA